UGUAGGUUUUAAUAAUUUUCCAGCAGGACAGAAACCUGCAUUUGAGACAUUCAGACUAUCAAACAGGAGGAAAAGCAUCAGCCCAAAACAUAUCUCGCCUGGUUUAUGAAAACAAGAAUUACAUUGCUAGAUGAUGGAAGAAAAAAACUUUCCAAAACAUGGGGAUGAAGAUGCAACACGCCUACACCUGUGAUUCUGAAAUUAAAAGAAAAAUUGUCAAAAGAUCACUAUGCUUCAACUUGUAAAUCUCUGCAUGUUAUGGUGUGAUAAUAAUUUGGAUGUGCUGGUGAGCCCUACCUAAACUGAAAGUCUUUUUAAUUGAAAAAUCUUUUCAGAACAACAGAUUGAAGAAUAAAUAAAUUAAGAAAGCUCUUUUAGGUGACUGGGUGGGGAUAGGAAAUGAGGCAGUGAGAGACCUUUUGUGAAAAUCCAGACACAGCUGAAGGAAAACGUGGAGUGAAAGUUGGAACAUCUGAGGCUGGGGAAGAAACCCAAGAAGAAAAAAGCCACCAGAAAGUAAAAGAGUAUGGCAGUGAUGAAGGAGAUUCUCCGAUCCAGAACCCUCUUGCUUGUCAUUCUCAUUCCACUGCUGCUGCUUCCUCUGCCACUUUUAUACCCCAGCAGUGAAGCCUCAUGUGCCUACGUGCUGAUCGUGACGGCUGUAUACUGGGUUUCUGAAGCGGUACCUCUUGGUGCAGCAGCCUUAGUUCCUGCUUUCCUAUACCCACUUUUUGGAGUCAUGAAGUCCAGUGAGGUGGCUGCUGAAUAUUUCAAGAACACAACUUUGCUCCUCAUGGGUGUGAUUUGUGUGGCAGCUUCUGUAGAAAAGUGGAAUCUCCACAAGCGGAUCGCCCUGCGUAUGGUCAUGAUGGCUGGAGCAAAGCCAGGCAUGUUGCUUCUUUGCUUUAUGUGUUGCACCACGGUGCUCUCCAUGUGGCUUUCCAACACAUCCACCACAGCCAUGGUGAUGCCAAUCGUGGAGGCAGUGCUCCAGGAGUUAGUGAAUGCUGAGGAGGAGCACGAGGUCAUCAGUACUGCAGGAAGCACCAUUACUGAAGAAAAGGAGCCAAUAGGUCUCAGCGAAAAGCACGGCCAACCUUCACUGGAGCUUAUCUUCAUCAAUGAGGAUGCUACUACUACUGACUUCAGCUCCUUGAUGCACUCAAAGAGUAUGAAUGGUGUGCAUGUGAUAGCCAACCCUAUUGGAACGAUGAAUUCUAAGAGCAAUGGGCAGCACCUACCUCAGGCUCAGAUACUGGUCCUGCCUCCUAAGCCUGCAGAGCUGGGCCUGAGCACUAAGUACCGGUAUCAGACCAGACAUGACUACAUGGUCUGUAAAUGCCUCUCACUGAGCAUCUCCUACGCAGCAACCAUUGGAGGACUGACAACCAUCAUAGGGACCUCCACUAGCCUCAUAUUCUUCGAGCACUUCAACAACCACUACCCAAAUGCUGAAGUGGUGAAUUUUGGAACCUGGUUUUUGUUCAGUUUCCCCAUCUCCCUCAUCAUGUUGGUCUUGACUUGGUUCUGGAUGCACUGGCUGUUCUUGGGUUGCAAUUUUAAAGAGACCUGUUCUGUGAGCAAGAAGAAGAAGACCAAACGGGAAGAAAUGUCAGAGAGAAGAAUUCAAGAAGAAUAUAAGAAACUGGGAAACGUUAGCUACCCUGAGAUGGUGACUGGAUUUUUCUUCAUUCUGAUGACCUUGCUUUGGUUUACUCGUGAACCCGGCUUUGUGCCCGGAUGGUCAUCUUUUUUUGAGAAGAAAGGCUACCGGACUGAUGCCACUGUCUCCGUAUUUCUUGGGUUUCUCCUUUUCCUGAUUCCAGCAAAAAAGCCAUGUUUUGGCAAAAGGGAAAAAGAUGGUGAGAAGUCAACAGACAUUAACACACUAGAUCCCAUCAUUACCUGGAAGGACUUCCAGAAGACCAUGCCCUGGGAGAUUGUUGUGUUGGUUGGAGGAGGUUAUGCCUUAGCAGCUGGAUGCAAGACCUCUGGUCUCUCUACAUGGAUUGGACACCAAAUGCUCUCCCUGAGCAGCCUUCCCUACUGGGCUGUAACUUUGCUGGCUUGCAUUUUAGUGUCCCUGGUAACAGAGUUUGUUAGUAAUCCAGCAACCAUAACCAUCUUUCUGCCUAUUUUAUGCAGCAUGUCAGAAACCCUGCUUAUCAACCCUUUAUACACCCUGAUUCCUGUCACCAUGUGCAUCUCAUUUGCGGUGAUGCUGCCUGUGGGUAAUCCUCCAAAUGCCAUUGUCUUCAGUUAUGGGCACUGCCAGAUUAAAGACAUGGUGAAAGCUGGCCUGGGUGUAAAUCUGAUUGGCCUGGCUGUUGUCAUGGUGGCAAUCAACACUUGGGGAAUUAGACUCUUCCAGCUGAAUACUUUUCCAGAAUGGGCAGCAGUCAGCAAUGCCACUAGCCAAACAUAAGCACCGAUGAAAAAAAUAGAAGGAAAAAAAAAAAAAAGGAAAAAAAAAAAAAAAAAAAAAAGCAAGCAAAAAAGAAGAAAUAAAAGAAAGAAAAAAGUAGAAGACCAAAGCGAGUUAGGACAAAAUAUUAAACCUACAGUGCACAUAUGAAAGAAAGGAGAAAACGUGUGUAUACAUAGAACCAGGAUCCAUAGCAAAACCAUGAAGAAAAUCCACAGGGAGGUCUUCUGCAUAAGCUUCUCAGUUCUGAAAAUCAGCGUGGGUUAAAAGAGCAGAUAAGUUUUGCUCUAUUGUUGCUUUCCCUGUGAUACCAUAACUCUGAAAAAACCUCUCCUCCAAAUUCUCUGUCUAUGGCUUUUUCAUGCCCUAGAACAAUUAUGGAGGAAAAUGGGAUAUAGUUCUCCAACGCCAGAAGACAAGUACACAUACACUGCUGUACUCACUAGUAGGAUAUUCAGCCCUACCAUUGGCUUCUACAGUGAAUGAAGGGUGAGUCUUAUUCCUAAACCUUGAGUUUUACAAGCCUACUUCUUUUCAAGGCAAAUUGUUAUUCUUCUUUUGAGGUGACUCAUCCCUGUGUUGGAAAAAAACACUUUCCCACCCAACCUAUAUGGCCUGGACAGAAAUACAGCUACCAACUACAGCACUUCAAAGGGAUAACAGAAACCACCAAACAGACAGGAAGGAGAAGCCUCCUGGGAAUGAGAAUAUUUGGGUUUUUUUUUUUCCACAGCACUAGCAUGAAGUUUCCAAUAUUGCAGUACUUGCAAUCUCUGGUUUGGAAGGUCGAGUUUCAGAAACAGAUAAAAAGAUUUUGUUCAAUACCUUCUUUCCUUAUCACUGUACUGCAGUGGGAGCUUUUUUAGCAGGGGAAGCUGUGCCCAGCAAAACCUUACCAGGCCAACAGACCUAUUGCUCUCCUCUCUCUUUGGCUGCUGUUUAGACAGUUACGCAGUUAUGAUUCCCCUGACAGAGAAAGUACAAUCUCAUCCAAGAUGUCACUCAGUGCUGCUCCAUGAGUAAGAAGGGAGAGGGCUGAAGUGGAGUGGUGCUGGUGUAUCUCCCCAUUGCGCGCAUUGACUUGAACAUCACACCCACUGCUCUCUAGCAGCCCAGGGAACAGGAGCUUCAAACGUAGGAAACUGUGCCACAGAGCGGGUAACUACCAAACCAAAAGGCCAAUCUCUUUAUCAUCUGCAAAGUGAAUGCCCUGCUUUUCUGGAUCUCUUGUAUUAUGUCCCAUUUUUAAUAAUUUCUUUAAUAUCAAUGCAUUUAAAUUGUAUUAGGAUGAUUGGAUCUCAUGUAAUCACACUAUAUAUAUAUAUACUUUAAUGAAUUUUUAUGCUUUGCACUUAUAAUCUAGGCUCUCUAUAUGUUAGUGUGAAUGUCUAUUCUGCAAAAAUAA